GACGGCGCUGUUUGUGACGUCACCAGUGUGCGCCCGAGAGUCGGUGGGUCGGCGCGGUGCGGCGCGGUGCUGUCGGGCCAUGGCUCUUGCCGCCGCGCAGGCUCCUGAGAUCCAGUUCGCGCAGCGGCUGGCGGCCAACGAGAAGCGAAUCCGGGACCGCGCCGUGAAGAAGCUGCGGGGCUACAUCAGCCUCCGCACCCAGCGCCCGGGCGGUGGCUUCAGCCAGGAAGAACUGCUAAAAAUAUGGAAGGGACUGUUCUAUUGCAUGUGGAUGCAGGAUAAACCCCUCCUACAGGAGGAACUUGCAAAUAACAUUUCACAACUUAUCCAUGUGAUUCAGAAUACAGAGGCUCGACACUUGUUCAUUCAAACAUUUUGGCAAACUAUGAGCCGUGAAUGGAAUGGAAUAGACAAUCUACGUCUCGAUAAGUACUAUAUGCUAAUCCGUAUGAUUCUGAGGCAGUCUUUUGAAGUGCUGAAAAGAAAUGACUGGGAUGAAAGCCUACGUGAACUGCUACUGCAGCUACUAAUGAAAGAAAUCAUGGACCCAGACAGCAAUGCUCCCAAAGGGAUAAAGUUCCAUUUCAUUGAUAUCUAUCUGCAGGAAUUGGCUAAAGUUGGUGCAAAGGAGCUCACAGCAGACCAGAGUCUCAAGUUCAUUGAACCUUUCUGCAAUUUCGUUGCCAAAUCAAAGGAUCCUUCUGUGAUGCAUGCUGUAGCCAGCGGUAUCUUUGAGAUCAUUGUGGAUCAGUCCCCGUAUGCCAUUGAGGAUCUAAUGAAAGAACUGGAAAACGGCAGUGAUGAGGAAGAUUCAUCUGAAGAUGAUGAACAGGGAAAGAAAGAGGUGCUUAAAACCAAAGGAGAUAGACAUUUGUCAGGAAAAUCAGCUCAGAGCGCUGAAAAAACGGAGGAAAAAACAGAGGAUGUUUACGAAGAUGCUGAUGAUAGUAUCGGGCCUGUUCUUCAGUUUGAUUAUAAGGCUGUUGCUGACAAACUCUUUGAGUUGGCAAGCAAGAAAAAUACACCUGCCCUCAACAGAAAGCGUCUGUACAAGCUGGUCAAAAAGUUCCAGGAUUUAGCAGAAGGAAUCUUCCCCCAAGAUUUUCCUGAAGAUGUUUCCACAGAUGAAGACGAUGAUACAUUCAGCAGAGGAAGGCGAAAGAAAAAAGCUGUCAAACCUUCAGAAAAAAACAGUUUGGAAAAAGUAAAAGGCUCAGGGAAGGAUGAACAGGAGACAUCAAGUGCAAAGGAGGCAUCAAUUCCACAGAAGCGGAGGAAAAAAAGGAAGAGAAGGGACAGCCCAAAUACUGAUUCUGGAACAACUAAUGGAAAUUCUGAGGAGGGAAUGGCUGAAACAUCUGGAUCUACUGUACUUAACCAGGGAAAGAUGCCAGAGCGUAAUAAGAUGAAGAAGAAGAAGAAGAAAUUGCUAGUAAAUGAGACAAAUGAGACCAGAAAUGCAGUAACUGACUCCAGAGAUGAGCACAGCUCCUCUGCGCAGAGCAGUCAGACUGACACAGAACAGAGUAAAAAGAUUCAGUCAAAGAAAAUGAAUCCAAAAGUGCAAAAUGUUCCUGUAAAGCUGGAGUGUCAAAAUGGUCCAGCUAAUGCCAGCAAGGCAGAGGAUGUCUGCCCAUCUGUCACACCGUUAAUUCCCAAGGUUGGGAAAAAGAAACAAAAAGCAGGGUCUGCCUUGGUGAAUGGGGAGUCAUUUUUGCAGCAGACUGACUUGAAAUCCAACAAGGAAGGCCCGCUGUCAAGAGAUGUGGACUCAGAAUCUGAACCCUCCAGAAAGGUGAAAUUGGAGAAAAAGACAAAGCUGGUUGCUUUGGAAGGGACCAAGGUCUCCAACCAGAAAGCAGCAACCUUGAAAAAGAAGAGAAAAGUUAAAGAGGUGCUAAAUUCUGUUGAAGCCAAUGGAAUUCUGGAGACUGCUUGCAAGAAAAGCAGAAAAGAGGAAAGCAGCACUGCUCUAUUGCCAUUAAAGAAAAAGAAAGCAAAACAAGGAAGUGAUUUCGUAAAAUUUGAAAAAUCAACUGUACCAAAGGCAUUACUCUUCAGGAAGGCCAGAAGCACCGUCUCCUCCACCAGAGCCUCCAUUCAGUUGAAUAAACUGCAAUCAUCCAGCUCCAAAAAAGUCACCUUCGGUUUGAAUAAAAAUAUGACUGCUGAAUUUAAAAAGACUGACAAAAGUAUCUUGGUGAGCCCAGAAGGACCUUCUCGUGUAGCUUUCAAUCCCGCACAGAAACCCCGUCAUGGAGUGCUGAAGUCACCCGCAGGUACCCCAGAAGGAGAACCUAAACUGAAGAAACCACUUACUGCACAAGCUAAGAAGAAAACAACUGCUAUGGGCUUCUUUUAAACCAAUAGCAGUGGCCUACUUUUGUACAGGACAUUUUACUAAAAUAUAACUUUUCUCUGGAGGUAUUUUGAACUUCUUUAUUUUUUUAAGUUAAUAUGAAUUGUAUAUACAAGAUUCUGAUUGUGACCUGAGACAUCGCUAUUUUAACAGCACUUCAGCUGUAUCUUGAAAUAUUUGUUUUGCCUAUUAACUGAAAAGAAAUAAAAUCCAAUCUCUACUCAGGUAUAGUCUACAAAAAUAUGGUCACCGUCCAUGUAAUUUCCAAUAGAUUUGUUCAUUUAAUUAAGGAAUGGUGAGGGUUGCAUUGUUCUGGGAUUUUUUUGAGCCAGUUUAAGAAAACUCGCACUUCAUGCUGUUAAACUCUUUUUAAUAGGACAGGGCUUAAAAGGAAAAAAGACGACAUAAAUUUUAACUCCGUUAGUUAUUUCUGUAUUUUAAAAUCUUACCCCAUCAUUGGCAUCUUGUUUCUUCUUCUGCAAAUAACUAUUACCUCAUGUUUCUGCUUAAUGCGAGCUGGACUUGGGUAGCUUUACCCAGCUAAGAAAGAUUUUCCAGGAAUUAUAGGUGUGUGGCUGCUCAACUGAUCACUGAUACAAUUAACUUCCACAGUGGGUUGCUUGGUGAGUUGAGAACUCUCACUGCAUUACUUUUGGUAACACAAGUGCCAAAGCUGACUUACACUUACCAUAUGGUAAGCUGGCCUCUUCUCUGGUGCAGCUCACAUGCUUUCAAAUGGGAGAAAUCUUUAUAAUUCCAGCUGGUCUCCCCACCACUCCAGCCCCGGUGCUGGCUUUCCUGGAGGUCUCACAGGGAGCCUAGAUUUCUUCUUUAGCAGCUAGUAUCGCCACAUUUUACCAGAACAGAUCUCAUUCAGUGAAUGAGCCACUGAUUGUAGUAAAGCUACAUCAGUAUCGUGCGUCCUUGGUUAGGAUAUGCCUCUCUCAAAUCUUUGGUGCCUCUCAACACAGGGUAAAACUUGACAGUCCAAACAGUUUGGUUUUGGCUUUGAUGUAGAACCAGAAGAGUUCUUUCUACAGUGUUUCCUUGCAUUGCUUAUGUUCGGAUGGCUUGUUUGUUUUUUACUAAUGUGCCGGGUUUUAUUUUUGGCACAGAACACUGUGUACUGCUGUGGGAGACUGUUACGAUAUUCUGAGUGGGAACUAUGAGGGAAGGGAGAGUAAAUGAAAAUAAAAACUUUUUUAAUAUGAUUGAAAGACAUCAAAUCUUUAUUUGAAAGUUUUGCUUGUGCAAAGAAAGCAAAGGCUCUGCAGCAGAUUUCUAUGUAAGAGUUCAGCUUCAGAGCAAAACCUGGUGCCAGAACAAAGCUAUUGAUGAAGCUUCCUGCCAGUUCCUUCCAGGAUCCCCUAGGUUAGAGAAAGUAGGCCUGCUUCAAUACCUUGUGCUAUGAGAACUAGUAAAUGUUUAGCUAAUUCAGUGAGCAGAAUUAAACUUUGCGGCGUAGUACAUUUGCAUUGCUGAAUACUACUUUCUACCAGUCUUUGGUGCUGACUGUCCUCCCAGAGUACUCCCUGUAUGCAACUGGAUUGACACCAGACUUUCAUAGUUCACCUAGAUUUCUUCCUAAGAUUUCUGUACUUGUAGAGUGCUAGUUGGUCUUGGUUGUUCAAUUCUAACCAUGCCAGUUCUUUCACUAAUUUUGUGGUUCCGCCAUCAGAGUAUUAGAAAGUCAUUUUUCUCUUGUCUUAUUUAAAACAAAGGACCGCAUUUCUUUCUUUUUUCCUCUUUCCUCUUUCUUCUUUCCUUUUCUCAGUAAAGAACUCUAGAGAAUACAUCUGAUAAAGCUGAUAAUAUUUACUGUUUGAGCAAUUGUUGUUAAUCUAUUUUUUAAAAAUCUCAUUCUAUAUAUUAGCAUAAUGCAUUUUCUGACAAGACAAUAAGUAUGUUGUAUGUUUAUAUCGUACUUUGUGUGACAAGUCUUUUGUGGAAUGUGCAUAAAUGCAUUUGUAUGUGCAUGAUUGUCAAUGCCUUACAUUGAAGAUGCCAUAUUCCUCCAAGGAUAUAGAUGCUAACAAUCAGUAGGUGGAUCUGGUGUGCUUAGAAAAAUCAAGGAUCAGGAUGCAUUGGGGUUUCAUUUUGGUUUUAUUUUGUUUAUUACAUAUGACCUACAUUAUGGAAAUGUAUUUAAGUGGCUGUCUGGAUCUUUUUCAAUUGGUGCUGGAUCCUUUGAACCCAUUGCAGGUGUUCUGGUGCUGACAGCACUAAACGGAGCAGACAACAAUGGCAGUCAGGUUUUUUAUCUAAAAUUUGAAUGAUGAGAUUGUGUGUUGCAAUUCAUGCAUAUAAUGUCUGUGCUAUGUCAGUGGUGGAAUGUUUUAUAAAUAUGGAUAUGUAAUGUGUAUUGUAUUCAGUGGUGUCUGGAAUUUCAUUCAGGACAACUUUACGCACAAAAAAAGUCAUGUCAUUGCAGCUCAAUUUGCAUUGUUAGGUUAAAUAAUGUAAAUUACCCAAAAUAUUGGGAUAAUGAAAAUUCCAGUAAACACCGAAUACAGACGUAAAUAAAGGAGAAAUAAAUGUAACAUCUGAGAUAGUCACUGUGCAGACAUACUUGUUCUGUAAGGGGAGGUCUAUCUAAAGGGGAAAAAAGGAAAAGAAAAACUGAGCUAACCUGUGUGAUGACUCUUCAUAGUCUUUUUCAUAGUGUUUUUCCAUCUCUGCAGCUGCCAGUCACACUCGAGUUAAAAUUUAAGUUUGUGGCAUGUCUUAUCUUUUAAAGGACAGUAUUUUUUAAUGGUGAUCUCUACAUUUCUGUUACAAAUCUGAUCAGCUUUGUACUUCUCAAGCUCUAGCAGUUUAUAAUCCUUUAUAGCUUCAAGAGGACUCAAAAGCACAAUAUCCAGUAACGUAAAAAGUUGAAACUGUAUUUAAAUUAUUGGGCAUGUAAGAUCAUUUAUAUUCUAUCAAAGCUUUGUGACUUGGACGGCAUCAAAAGCCCUUUUUUUGUAUUUCCUGUGCUUAGACUGAUUACAGGGAGGAAAAAAUUCCAUUGUCAUUUAUGUACCUCUGCAACAACAUUAUUAAUGAAAAUACGGUGUCUACGCAUUGGAUCAUUUAGUCUACUUCAAUAAACCAUCUUUUUUUUUGUGGACAUUG